UGCAAGAGUACAUCAUAUAGAAAUUUUAGAACAAAAGUGGAAUAAAGCCAAGUAUUUAAUUGUUUAGCAUAGCAAAUAUAGUCAGAGUUCAGAUUAACUAGAUUAUUGUGGUUAAAGAAAUUGACUAAGGAUUCAUAAAGAAGGUGAAUGGGGCCUUGAAGAAUUGCUACUGCGACUGGGAGAGCAGGUUAGGACAGUCCAAGCAGGAGUCAGCCUGAAGCAAGAGUGAGAAUGGUAGGUAAAAGCAUAAAGAGAGCCCAGCCUGCGGAGAGUCUGUGGGGAGGGAGAGAGUGAGAGCAGCUAGGUGGAUGCAGUGAUACAGGCUUGGAAUGCUGAGCAUGCAGUUACUGUUGGCUCUUGAAGGGAAUGGGGGUUAAGGUAAUAAAGUAGUAAAGCAGUCCAUGACUGUGGAGGUCAGUCUUAGGACUUUUGGCCCCAAAUUUGUAACGUGGGGAUAGGAAGUGCUCUGGCCAGGUCUUGUAAAGGGUUCUGUGUUUGCUAGCGUGGUGUGUUAAAUGUGCUUCCGCCUUCUGUCCCUUCAGGAUAGACUGAAGGAAGGAGGAAUAGCCACAGGAUCAGAUGGACUUCUUGGAAUCUCAGCGCAUUUUUGAAACGUUAGGGUUAUUGGAGUGGUUGGAUUUUCCCUGGGAUUGAGUAAGAAAUUCAGAAGACUGAAGCCCAGGCUUACUGUCUACCUUUCACGGAGGCCUAGCCGUGAGAGGACAGAAGAAGGCACGUGGCGAAUCAUGACAGCUGACAAAGACAAAGACAAAGACAAAGAGAAGGACCGGGACCGAGAUCGGGACCGAGAGAGAGAUAAAAGAGACAAAGCAAGAGAGAGCGAGAAUUCAAGGCCUCGCCGGAGCUGUACUUUGGAAGGAGGAGCCAAAAAUUAUGCCGAGAGUGAUCAUAGUGAUGAUGAGGACAAUGACAACAAUAGUGCCACCACAGAGGAGUCCACGAAGAAGAACAAAAAGAAACCACCGAAAAAAAAAUCCCGUUAUGAAAGGACAGAUACUGGCGAGAUAACAUCUUAUAUUACUGAGGAUGAUGUUGUCUAUAGACCAGGAGACUGUGUGUAUAUCGAGAGUCGGAGGCCAAACACACCGUAUUUCAUCUGUAGCAUUCAAGACUUCAAGCUGGUCCACAACUCCCAGGCCUGUUGCAGAUCUCCAACUCCUGCUUUGUGUGACCCCCCAGCAUGCUCUCUGCCGGUGGCAUCACAGCCACCACAACAUCUUUCUGAAGCCGGGAGAGGGCCUGUAGGGAGUAAGAGGGACCAUCUACUCAUGAACGUCAAAUGGUACUACCGUCAGUCUGAAGUUCCAGAUUCUGUGUAUCAGCAUUUGGUUCAGGAUCGACAUAAUGAAAAUGAUUCUGGAAGAGAACUUGUCAUUACUGACCCAGUUAUCAAGAAUCGAGAGCUGUUCAUUUCUGAUUACGUUGACACUUACCAUGCUGCUGCCCUUAGAGGGAAGUGUAACAUCUCCCAUUUUUCCGACAUAUUUGCUGCUAGAGAGUUUAAAGCCCGAGUGGAUUCAUUUUUCUACAUUUUAGGCUACAACCCUGAGACAAGGAGGCUGAACAGUACCCAGGGGGAAAUUCGUGUUGGUCCUAGCCAUCAGGCCAAACUUCCAGAUUUGCAACCAUUUCCUUCUCUGGAUGGUGACACCGUGACGCAACAUGAGGAACUUGUUUGGAUGCCUGGGGUUAAUGACUGUGACCUCCUUAUGUACCUGAGGGCAGCAAGGAGCAUGGCAGCCUUUGCAGGGAUGUGUGAUGGGGGUUCCACAGAAGAUGGUUGUGUUGCAGCAUCUCGGGAUGACACCACUCUCAAUGCACUGAACACACUACAUGAAAGCGGUUAUGAUGCUGGCAAAGCCCUACAGCGCCUGGUCAAGAAGCCUGUGCCCAAGCUUAUUGAAAAGUGCUGGACCGAGGACGAAGUGAAACGCUUCGUUAAGGGGCUCAGGCAGUACGGCAAGAACUUCUUCAGAAUUAGAAAAGAGCUGCUUCCCAAUAAGGAAACAGGGGAACUGAUCACCUUCUAUUACUACUGGAAGAAAACCCCCGAAGCAGCCAGCUCCCGAGCCCACCGCAGGCACCGCAGGCAGGCCGUGUUCAGGAGGAUUAAGACCCGCACAGCGUCCACGCCUGUCAACACACCCUCCAGACCCCCCUCCAGUGAAUUCUUGGACCUGAGCUCAGCCAGCGAGGAUGACUUUGACAGUGAAGACAGUGAGCAGGAGCUGAAGGGAUACGCCUGCCGCCACUGCUUCACCACCACCUCCAAAGACUGGCACCACGGGGGCCGGGAGAACAUCCUGCUCUGCACGGACUGUCGCAUCCACUUCAAGAAGUACGGCGAGCUGCCCCCCAUUGAGAAGCCAGUGGACCCCCCACCCUUCAUGUUCAAACCUGUGAAAGAGGAAGAGGAUGGGCUCAGUGGGAAGCACAGCAUGAGGACACGGCGGAGCCGCGGCUCGAUGUCUGCACUACGCAGUGGUCGGAAGAAGCAGCCAGCCAGCCCUGACGGCCACACCUCUCCCAUCACUGAAGACAUCCGCUCUAGUGGCCGGAACUCACCCAGUGCUGCCAGCACCUCCAGCAAUGACAGCAAAUCUGAGACAGUGAAGAAGCCUGCUAAGAAGAUUAAGGAGGAAGCCUCGUCACCUCUAAAGAACACCAAGCGCCAGCGGGAGAAGGUGGCCUCAGAUACUGAGGAGGCUGACAGGACCAGCUCCAAGAAAACUAAAACCCAGGGUAUCAGCCGGCCCAACUCACCAUCUGAAGGUGAGGGAGAGAGUUCCGACAGCCACAGCGUCAACGAUGAGGGCAGCAGUGACCCCAAAGACAUCGACCAGGACAAUCGCAGCACGUCCCCCAGCAUCCCCAGCCCUCAGGACAACGAGAGUGACUCUGACUCCUCGGCCCAGCAGCAAAUGCUGCAGGCCCAGCCCCCGGCCUUGCAGGCUCCCAGUGGGGCUGUCCCAGCUCCCUCCACAGCCCCACCAGGGAUGUCCCAACUGCCCCCGCCAGGGUCUACGGCCUCUGCCCCUGGAGGCCCCCCCCAGGGCUCCCCCUCAGCUUCCCAGCCCGCUACCCAGCCCCAGGCCUCCACGGCACCUGCCCCCCACACCCACAUCCAGCAGGCACCUGCCCUGCACCCACAGCGGCUGCCCUCGCCACAUCCACCGCUGCAGCCUAUGGCCGGGCCGGCUGGCCAGCCCUCCGCCCCACCUCACACCCAGCUGCCGCUGCACAGCCACGUCCCACCUGGCCCUCACAGCCUGCAGGCUGGGCCCCUGCUGCAGCACCCAGGCCCCCCUCAGCCGUUCGGCCUCCCUCCACAGGCCUCCCAAGGCCAAGCCCCUCUGGGGGCCUCGCAGACAGCAGCACACCCUCACACCCCACUGCAGCUCCCAGCCUCUCAGGCUACGUUGCAGUCCCAGCAACCCCCACGGGAGCAGCCCCUCCCGCCAGCACCCUUAGCCAUGCCUCACAUCAAGCCCCCACCCACCACGCCCAUCCCACAGCUGCCUGCACCACAGGCCCACAAGCACCCCCCUCACCUCUCAGGGCCCUCCCCCUUUUCCAUGAAUGCCAACCUGCCACCCCCUCCGGCUCUGAAGCCCCUGAGCUCCCUGUCUACACAUCACCCCCCCUCAGCCCACCCACCUCCCCUGCAGCUCAUGCCUCAGAGCCAGCCGUUGCCAUCCUCACCCGCCCAGCCCCCUGUGCUGACCCAGAGCCAGAGCCUACCCCCCACUGCUGCCUCCCACCCCCCAGCAGGCCUCCACCAGGUGCCCCCCCAGCCCCCAUUCGCUCAGCACCCCUUUGUCCCUGGGGGCCCUCCGCCUAUCACUCCUCCAGCCUGCCCCUCCACCUCCACCCCACCUGCGGGACCUGGCACCUCAGCCCAGCCACCGUGCUCCACUUCUGUUGCUUCGGGAGGCAGCAUCCCUGGGGUGUCAUCCUGCCCUCUCCCCACUGUCCAGAUCAAGGAGGAGGCUCUGGACGAAGCUGAGGAGCCCGAGAGUCCCCCUCCCCCACCUCGGAGCCCAUCCCCUGAGCCCACAGUGGUGGACACACCCAGCCACGCCAGCCAGUCAGCCAGGUUCUACAAACACCUGGACCGGGGUCACAACUCGUGCGCACGCACAGACCUGUAUUUCAUGCCUCUGGCGGGGUCCAAACUGGCCAAGAAGAGGGAGGAGGCCGUUGAGAAGGCCAAACGGGAGGCCGAACAAAAAGCCCGAGAGGAGCGAGAGCGGGAGAAGGAGAAGGAGAAGGAGCGCGAGCGGGAGCGGGAGCGGGAAGCAGAGCGAGCUGCUCAGAAGGCAUCCAGCUCAGCACAUGAGGGCCGCCUCAGUGACCCCCAGCUCAGUGGCCCUGGCCACAUGCGGCCAUCCUUCGAGCCACCACCAACCACCAUUGCUGCUGUGCCCCCAUACAUCGGCCCCGACACACCUGCUCUCCGGACUCUGAGCGAGUAUGCCCGGCCUCAUGUCAUGUCACCCACCAACCGCAACCACCCCUUCUACAUGCCCCUCAACCCCACCGACCCUCUCCUGGCCUACCACAUGCCCGGCCUCUACAACGUUGACCCUGCCAUCCGUGAACGGGAGCUGCGGGAGCGUGAGAUCCGUGAGCGGGAGCUACGGGAGCGUGAGUUGCGGGAGAGGAUGAAGCCAGGCUUUGAGGUGAAGCCCCCGGAGCUGGACCCCCUGCACCCGGCCACCAACCCCAUGGAGCACUUUGCCCGGCACAGUGCCCUCACCAUCCCCCCCACAGCAGGUCCCCACCCCUUUGCUUCUUUCCACCCGGCCCUGAACCCCCUGGAGCGAGAGAGACUGGCCCUGGCAGGGCCCCCGCUGCGGCCUGAGAUGAGCUACCCCGAUAGACUGGCAGCCGAGCGGAUCCACGCUGAGCGCAUGGCGUCACUCACCAGUGACCCCCUGGCUCGGCUUCAGAUGUUCAAUGUGACGCCGCACCACCAUCAGCACUCCCACAUCCACUCUCACCUCCACCUCCACCAGCAGGACCCCCUCCAUCAAGGUUCAGCAGGCCCAGUUCACCCACUGGUUGACCCCCUGACCGCUGGCCCUCACCUGGCUCGCUUCCCCUAUCCCCCGGGUACUCUCCCUAACCCUCUGCUUGGACAGCCACCCCAUGAGCAUGAGAUGCUUCGCCAUCCGGUUUUUGGCACCCCUUAUCCCCGAGACCUGCCCGGGGCCAUCCCGCCCCCCAUGUCAGCGGCCCACCAGCUGCAGGCCAUGCAUGCCCAGUCGGCCGAGCUGCAGAGACUGGCUAUGGAGCAGCAGUGGCUGCAUGGACACCCCCACAUGCACGGCGGCCACCUCCCAAGUCAGGAAGAUUACUACAGUCGACUGAAAAAAGAAGGUGACAAGCAGUUAUAAGUUAUUUAUUUGUUAACGUUGGCUGUGGAAACCCCAAUUCUUGGAGGGGGGAAACAGGACUUUUUACAUUCAAUAGGAGUUACAAAAGCAAAAAGAAUAUCUUCUAAAGGUUUCUUUAUAUAUUUAAAAAUCACACAACUAAAAAUGUAUCAGCAAAAUAGUGAUUGUUUGUAGAGAGGAUUCCUUGAGACUGGUUGGGUCUCCCUGCAUGACAGUCCCCCAGAAACUAGUGCAUCCUGGACUGGACUGAACAUUCAAAAAACUUCCUUGCAAUCUUGGGGUUCAGCUUUAGUUUUCUUUUCCUCCCUUCAUUUCUCAGUAGGUGCUAGAACCCAGCCUCUGCCCGUCACUGUGCACAGAGCACACUGGUGGGUGUGCCCCAGGUAGGCCGCAUAUGUGUUUGGAAUCCAAGAGCUAUAAUAUUUUAAAAAUCUUUUAUUUUACUACAUUAUAGGAAAUCUUCAUAAUUUGAGAAAGUUCUGCAGCAUGGCUUUUUAAGUCUGUAAAUAAAUAAUUUUAGAACAGCCCUUUUUUUUUCCUUCCACAAACUGUCUGAUCUAUUUUUUCCAGCCAUGUCACUAAUUGUGAAUUCCUACCGGCUAUUGACAGAAUACAGAGUUGAUUUUUUAAUAAAAAGUUAUAUAUAAUAUCCCUGUAAUUAAAGGGAGCAGAUGGGCGUUACUAAUUACAAAUGGGCAAAAGCUUGGGACUAGAUUUGGUCGCAGCAGUGGGCAUCCAGGAAUUUGCAGGGACAAUGUUACAGACUGUUUUGCUGCUUUGAUUUUUGCUUCUGUCUGUUUUCUAGUGUGUGCUUUGCCAGUGGUGCAGACAUCUGUCAGAUUGAGCCCCUUUCAUUUUGCACUAGGAGUGCCAGAGUUAUGUAUCCAUUUUAUUCUGCCUGGUGUCACCAUUGCUUUCUCGCCGUGCAGGGAGAGAAAGCACAUGUUUGUGUGUGUCUGAGUAUAGAUUUCCUUAUAGAUUUCUGUGCACAUACAUUUGAUUGUUCUGGAUGAAUUACUUUGUUUUGGUAGUCUGAAAAUUUCAUAAACAUUCUAGAAAACUCAAGAAAAUGAUUCCAUAUAAAUCAUUCAGUGCAUGACAGAUCAGGACAUAUGCUUGCCAAAGGAUUCUGUUAGAAAUGUGCCCAUGGGGGCAGUAACACAAUUAAUGUGCAUUGUUGCUUGGAUGUCUUUAUGGUGAGGAGCACACCAGACCCUCCUUUCUGUGGACUGAGGCUGCUUUUGAGUGAGUUGAGACCUUGGAAUUAACACGGUUGUGGAUGGCGGCUUGCCUGUCCACCCCAGGAGCAGGGCCAGGCACGGUGACCCACACCAGACUGGGAACCGUUGAAUUCCAUCUUCAUCCUGGAAGGCGGAGCAAGAGUCCCAACUCGAUAAAUGAGAAGUUGGAAUGCAGGCUUCCCCUUGGGAGGUGCUGCUUUUUAGGGGGUCAGGCACUUCCGAGUAGAGCUGUCUUGGAGAGGGCCUGCCUCUACUUUGAGUUGCAAACACAGUGCACUUUCUCCCAAGCAUAGGGUGGGGAAAUUCUGGGGGUGUUUUCAUCUUUUUCAUCUCUUAAUCAAGCUUUCUACCAGGUCAAGACCUUUUCCAUUCCUUCUCUCAUACUCUUGAGGGCUACUUGUGCCGUUGUUAAACCUCGUAUGCAGUGGUCAUAGCAAAGAAUUGUCAGACCACAAGAGAUAUACUUGUGUUCAGUGGAUAUGAAGUGAGUCCAGGACCCACGCUACGAAGGGGGCAGGCAGAAAGGCUGACACUGUGACCCAGAACCGCAGGCAUUAGCUCAGAUUCUGGUUCUGGUUCAGACCUCAUCAGGGGCGUUUCCAGCUUGAUUAUAGCCAUGUUUGGUCUCAUUUGGGACAGACAGAGGGUUGUCUGUUGAACAUGUUAGUAAUUUUGUUCUUUCAUUUUCUCUCAUUCCAUUUCUCCUUAACUUUUGCCCCUGAAGGGAGGCCAGCUCAAAUUAGCCCUUUGUCAUGAAGCUUCUGGCCGAGCUGGUGUGAAGUUGCGCAUUUUUCUCUCUAAGUGGUGGCAAUUGUGCCACCAGGGUGGUCUUAUCCGGUGAGGUCUCCCGCACCUCUGAGGGGCUGCUCCAUUCUGCACAGGGAGCAUCUCCUGUCCCGUUGCAGCCAGGCUCUGCCACCCCUGCCCCCCACCUCCCUCCCAUCUGUUUGGUUUGAGUUUUUUGUUUGUUUUGGUUGGGUUUUUUUGGUUGCUUGUUUUUUUGCCUACCAUUCAUUUAAAUUGUCUUUAUUUCUCCUCUCUCCAUCAUCCAUUUUUCCAAAGGAGAGAGAGAGUGAAGUACUUUGCAGUCUGCUCAAAAGCUGUCUGAAGGUAUUUUCUUGUUAAGUUUGGUUUCCCCCCAUAUUCCAAGGUGUGAAGCUCUGAGAUUCUUCCAAUUUAAGAAAUCCAAAACCUGAAGCCCUUACCUGCUGAGCUACACUUUGUUUAGGAUGGCCCCAGACCUUCACGAUGUCUUUGAAGCCCCGCCCCGAUGGUUUCGUUUUGGACUUUCCUUCCUUUUGUUUGCAGUUUUGGGUUGCUUUCCUGUGUUUUGUAUGUAUCUUGUUCAGUGUCGUCAGGGUGAGCUUCCCGGCUCACCACAGCGAAGCAGAGCGAGGUGCACGUUCUGAUCCGCUGCAUUGAGUUCUCUCAAAGCUACAUGUAAAUAGGAGUAGUUUGCCAUGAGGUAACACCAUGUGAACAGAGUAGAAACCCAGAGAUUGUGACUUCUGUGUUCUCUCCAUUUGAGUAUUUUGUAAUUUUUUUGAAAUACUUGUGGACAUAAAUAAAACCGAGCUACACUACGA